UUACAGUUACACACAACUCCGGAGACCAGAAAAACAACCAUUACCCUUCAGCUCCGGGAGGAUUCCCGCGUGUUUUCUAUGAAAGCGCGCGAGGAUAGCUUAGUCCUCGAGUCCUUUUUGCCGCCAGCUGCCUCCUGUUGGUCGAGAGUGACGUUACUCAACCUUCGCGAGCUAGUUCUAGCUAGGUGGCUAGCUGGGCAGGAUCACAACCUUGCCCUGUCCGCCGCCGCGCUGCGUGCCGCGGCGAGGGCUCCGGGGACGGCUUGUCUACACGCCCGUUGUCAUGGUGAAUGUUAGUGGGUGGAACACUGCUCCGUCCUCGGGGUGCAGCCCACGUAACUGACGCCGACUGUCCCGAGAACGAGGUGUCCCGGUGGGUCGACCGGCUGCUGAGGGGCGUGAGGCUGGAUGGAGCUAACGCACAGCUGUCGUCCGAGAUGCUGAGUUAGCAAAACGGCUAACUUUAGUUGCGUUCAAGUGCCUGUCAUUCUGCCAACGUGGGAUCAGAGAGGACGGUCACUGGUGAAUGAGACAUGUCCUGCGUGUGUCCGACAUUGAACGCCUCACCUGUGAGGGCUUCGCACAGGUCGGUCGUCAGAGUUUCCUCCCCCGCCACCUCGCAGUAGCUGGCUUCAGCCCCGAGCCUCCAGGAUGUUGGAGGGCCUCGUCGCCUGGGUGCUGAACACAUACCUGGGAAAAUAUGUCAGCAACCUGAACACAGACCAGCUGUCCAUCGCCCUGCUGAAAGGUGCGGUGGAGCUGGAGAACCUCCCUCUGAGGAAAGAUGCCCUCCAAGAGUUCGACCUGCCGUUUGAAGAACCUCAGAUGGGCACGGCCGGGCACUGGGGGUUCCCCCGGGCCAGGGGGCACAGGCCCAGAUACCCCAGUGCCCCCAAAUUCGGGGCCCAGGGCACCCCCGGGCCUUUUGCUUACCCCACCUCCAUGGGCCCCACGGUUCGGGCGGGGGGGGGCCCGGCCCGGGAGGCGGGGCCCCAAAAAGUAAGGUCCCCCGACCCCAAACCCGGCGCCACGCCCAAGUUUUCCGGGGAGGACAAGUCCUGGGGCCGGGGCUCGGCCAAGAACCCUUGGCGGAGCGUAAGGGGGACCCUGGACACCCCCAACACCCCGAUGUUUGGUGGGGGCCCGGGCCUGGGGGUGGCCGGGGGGUUCCCACCAACUCUAAAGGUGGGCGUGGGGGCCCCUACUUCCGGGGGCCCCGGGGUUCGGCCCCAACCCCACCGGGGCCCCUCCCCAAAGGUGCCCGACCGUCCAGGGCCCGGGGGGGGGGGGCGGGGGUGGAACCACCCUGGCAGAACCCCCCGGGCCGGACGCCCCUUUGGGGGUUUCCCCCAAGGGGAACCUCGUUUCCCCAAAGGGCGGCCCUUUCACGGAAACCCGGCCGCCUUCCCCCAGCAUGGGGGCCCUCGGCCGCCCCAGGGGCUGGGGCCCCCCGGGGGGAAGAAGUUCCCCUUGCUGUUCCUGGACCAGGGGCCCUUUCAUCAAGCUGGGGGCCGUUUGGGGGCCCUCCGGACCCCCCUCCAGAACCUGGAAAGGCCCCUCGGGGUGCCGGCUCGGGGAGGAAGCCCUGGGGCCGGGGGCCCGGGCCCGUGCGGGCGGGAGGAGGAAGGAGGGCGGGGACCCGUGCGGGCCCAUUUCCCCAAACAAAGAGCUGGGGUGGAGACCCCGCUAACCCCCUCCUCCCCCCAAGGUUUUCCCCCCAAGGGUCCCCCUUGGGGGGCCGGGAAGGGGUUUGGACCGCCAGGGCCUCCCUUUCCCCCGGAAACCCGGUCAACUUGUCCGGGGCCCCAAAGCCCGGUUUGGAAACCCCCCGGCCCUCCGGGGCCCCCCCCCAGCUGGGUGGGCCCUGCCCCCGGAAGGCCCCCCAGUUCGUUCCUCAAGGCCAAGGGGGCCCCCCAAAAGCUGGGAAGGGAUCACUUCCCUCCAAAACCUGGCGGCUCCUCCUCCCUCGGGCCCUGGACUUCCCCCAACCCUGGUGGGGGGGAAUUUCCCCAAAAGUUUUCCCAAAGGGAGAGGCCCCGGGGGCGCCUCCCCCUGGGGCCCAAGGAAGGGGGGCCGUCCCCCGGCCAAACGAGGGGUGGGGGCCCCCCAACCCUUCCCCCCCCAUGCCCCCCGGGCGGCCGCCAAAAAGGGUUGGUCCCAGGGUGCUGGCCCCCAAAGGGAACGGCCGGGGGCACCCGGCUGGUGGCCCCUUGGGCCCCCUCGCGGGGAGGACCCAGGAAGGCGGCCCCGCACCUUCGGGGGGAGGGGCCCCCGGGAAGCCCCUCCCCUUUGGAACCUUCCCGGGGGAAAGCGGGCCCCCUUCCUCGGCCCCUGGUUCCCCCCCGGGAAGCCCGGGCACCCGAGCUGCGGGGGGCCCCGGGCACUAAAACCAUCCCAAUUUGGGGCCGGCCGGCCCAAAGGGGAGGCCUUUCCCCCCAGGUGUUCCUGUGUAAGCCCGUGUAUGAACAGGUCCUCCAGACGUUGGACAACCUGACCCUGACCGAGGAGCAGCGCGUCACCCCCAGCCAGCCGCCCACCCCCCCUCCCCCCACGCCUUCCUCCACCCGGCCGCACCGCUUCCCCGACCCCCAGGGGGGGCUGUUUGCCCGGGACCCCCCCUACCUCAGCUUCUCCCACUCGUCCCUGUCGUCCCCGAUGCCUCUGCAGUCUCAGCCCGCGGCGCCCGCCUCCUUCACCCAGCUGAAGGUCACCUUGCACGUGGCGGAGGUGCAGGUGCAGCUGAGCGCCGACCUGACCCAGGGCUCCCAGGGCCUGGUCAGCCUGCGCUUCCAGGACCUGGAGGGCGACGUGACCCGAGACCACCCCCACCUGCUGGCCGUGCAGCUGGCGCUGCGCUCGCUGCUCAUGGAGGACCUCCUGGAGCAGAACCCCGAGUCCAAGUACAAACACCUGAUGGUGUCUCGCGGCGCCCCCAAGGCCUCCAGCUUCAGCCCCAAGGAGUACCUGUCCCAGAGCUGCCCCUCGGCCUCCAACGCCCUGUACCCCGACAUGCCGCGCUCGCUGCCCACGCACAUGGAGGAGGCCCAGAACGUGUUCCAGCUCUACCAGAGGCAUCCCAGCACGCCUUCGGCCGGCAGCCGCAAGUCCAAGAGGGACCCGGAGUGCCCCAGCACCCCGCCCCCCUCCCCCACCUACCAGACCCCGUCCCCCCAGCCGCCCCCGGACUUCGACGACUCCCUCGUGCACAUCAACGUCCUGCUGGUGGACCAGAACCACCCCGAGUUCCAGACGCGCUACGGCCGGGUGGGCCGCAGCGUGGACGUGGACUUCAACUGCCUGGACGUGCUGAUCACGCUGCAGACCUGGGUGGUCAUCCUGGACUUCUUCGGGAUCGGCUCCACGGCCAACAACCACGCCGUGAGGGCUCCCCCGAUGUCGCCGCCCACCGAGCCGGGGGGGCCGUCCUACGAGCCGGACCUCGGCGAGGAGGAGACCGCGCAGCCUGUCAACACCAAAGUGGACCUGAAGGUCCAUUCUUUGUCUCUGGUGCUGAACAAGAAGCUGAACGAGCUGGCCCGAGCCAGCGUGUCCAAGCUGUCUGCUCACGUGGAGAUGCUGGACGGAGACCUGGCUCUGCAAGGCAGUCUAGGCAGCCUGUCCCUGAGUGACCUGACCCCCCACGGUGACCUCUACAGGGAGCGCUUCACCACGCGGGGAGGGGAGGCGCUCAUAUUCAACAUCCACAAGUACGGCCAGCCGGACCCUCACCUGCAGCGCGAGUGCGACAUCAAGGUGUCCCUGCAGAUGGCCUCGGUGCAGUACGUGCACACGCAGCGCUUCCAGGCCGAGGUGGUGGCCUUCAUCCAGCACUUCACCCAGCUGCAGGACGUCCUGGGCAGGCAGAGGGCGGCCAUGGAGGGCCAGGCGGUGCGUGACCACCCCCAGCGGGCCUCCCGGGUCCUGCUGGACAUCGAGGCCGGCGCCCCUGUGAUCCUGGUCCCAGAGAGCUCUAGCUCCCCGCGGGUCAUCGUGGCCAACCUGGGCCAGCUGCGGGUCCAGAACCGCUUCCUGCUGGCCGGGGCCCCCGGGACCGUCUCCCUCCGGGACCAGGAGCGCGUCCAGAAGGCAGCGGAGAGGAGAAGUGAGCAGGAGAAGGCGAAGACCUCCACCUUCUCCACAGGCUUCAACCUCGGCAGGCCCCCGGUCCCCGACGCAUGGCGGGCCACCGGGGGGGAAGACGCUCCCGGUUCAGAGGAGCACGUGUGCCUGCUGGACUGCAUCGCUCUGGACCUGCAGGAGGUGGACAUCUUCGCUGCGGAGUGGCUGCCCUCUCAGCCCGGCGCCGGGCCUCCGGAGGCCUCGGACCUGGUCUUCCCUUCCUACUCUGUGCGCCGCACCGGAGACAACCUGCUGAAGGACUGCUGCCGCCUCCAGCUGAAGGUGGAGCGCAACCUGGACAAGGAGCUGAGCCACGCGGUGCCCGACAUGUCCAUCCACGGCAGCCUGUCGUCGGUGCACUGCUCUCUGGACCUGGAGCACUACCAGCUGAUCCGAGGUCUGCUGGAGAACAACCUGGGGGAGCCUGUGGAGGACUUCCUGAGACCCUACAACCUGCAGGACCCCAGCACCUACACGGUGCUCAGUGGAGACGUCUUCACCAGCUUGUCCUUCCUGGUGGACAUGAUGGACGUCAGUCUGGAGCUCCUGGACAGCCCCUCCCCCUCAGAGCCGCAGCGCUCUUUAGCAAGGUUUGACUUCAUGAAGUCCAAGCUGCUCUUCGAGAGCCUGUCCAACGGCUCCAGGGCCAUCAACCUGGUGUCCCACUCGCUGCUGGCCUACGACACCCGGAGCGCCGAGCCCGCCUCCAGGAGAGCCGCCGGGCCCAGGAGCAACGUCUUCAGCUGCAUCCUGCAGCCCUCCAAGACCGGCAGCAACCGGGCCUCGCUGCAGCUGGAGCUGCACUACAGGUCCACGCGCGACUCCUCCUGCUUCACCGUGGUCCUCAACAACCUGAGAGUCUUCCUCAUCUUCGACUGGAUUCAGCUGGUGCGAGACUUCCUGCGGACGACUUCUCCUCCGGCGUCCGCCGGCGCCGCCGAGCCUCGUGAGCGCCGGCCCGUCAACACCGGCGCCGACGCAGGAACCGGCACCGGGACCGGCGGCGCCGUCGGGGCCGUCAUGCCAAAGACGGUCAAGAGCGGCGUGGUCACCAAGAGGUCCACGGUGCCGGUCACCCAGGACCGCUGCCUGGAGGUCAAGAUCAACGUCACAGGCACAGAGUUCGUGGUGGUGGAGGACUCGUCUUGUCUGGAUACUCACGCCAUCAUCCUGAAAGGUACCAUGGUGCUCACCUAUAAGCCCCGCCUCCUGGACAGACCCUUCUCCGGCAGCCUGGCAGGGAUGGAGGUGUUCUCGUGCCGGCUGGGCAGCGAGCAGGAGACGGCGCUGUCCAUCAUCGACCCCGUGAACAUCCAGGUGGAGCUGUGUGGGAGCCCCACCUACCAGAGCAGCUCCGGGCUGCUGGACGCCUUCAACGUGGAGGACAUCCCCCCGCUGCUGGAGAUCCAGUUUCCUACUAUGGACAUCCGUCUGUCCUACAACGACAUCCAGCUCUUCUUGGCCAUCGCUAUGUCCAUCCCCACCUCCAACUCCAGCUCCACGCUGCCCUCUGGCUGUGACCCCGGUACUGCACCCAGCACUGAACCCCCUGCAGCCAAAGACAGCUUCAGGCAGAAGACCCAGGCCCUCAUAGAGGGCCAGCUGGGCCGGUUACAGGACCUGGGCUUCAGGAAGGAGGACUGCAGGAGGGCCCUGCUCCACUGUAAAGGCCAGCUGGACCAGGCCGCCACGUGGCUGCAGGAGAACGCUGAGAACAUGGCGGCCCACGCCAGGUCCAGGACCAGGACAGAGUCCGGCUCCAGCAGCCACUCGGCUCCUCUGUCUGGGGUGGAGGUGAAGGCCGAGAGCGUCUGCAUCUGCUUCAUCGACGACUGUCUGGACUGUGACAUCCCACUGGCGGAGCUCACCUUCUCCAGGCUGUGCGUGCUGCAGCGCAUCGGGUCCACUCAGGAGGGGAAGGCCAGCUUCACCCUGUCAGGAGACUUCUACAACCGAGAGCUGUCGGGCUGGGAGCCCUUCAUCGAGCCCUGGUCCUGCUCUCUCUCCUGGCAGCAACAAGCUGCCGGCCGUCUCCAUCCUCCUCGUUUGAAGAUGGGGAUCCGAGCCAAACAGAGACUGGACCUGAACAUCACGUCAGUCCUGCUGGGUGAGUACAACACCACUAAGAGCGCCUGGAUAGCGGACUACUGUAAGGAGGAGGAGCUCACCCCCCAGACUCCGCCCCCCCUGCCCUGGAUGGGGUCCUCAGUGGACCCCCCCAGCUUUGGCCCAGCCGACGUGAAGCGGUCCAAGAGGAGGCAGCCCUUUGUGCCCUACGCCCUGAGGAACCACACGGGCUGCACCCUGUGCUUCGCCACGCUCACCACCACCCCCACCAGGGUGGCACUGUCCCACAGCAGCAGUGCAGACUCCCUCUCAGAUGUCCACGGCCAGGGGACCGACGACACCCACAACGUCAGCCCGUGGAGGGAGGUGCUGCCCGGGGAGGAGAUCCCCUUCGAGUUCGAGGCCCGAGAGAAACUCCGACACCGACACACUCACGAGCUGAAGCUGCACCAGCUGCUGGUGCGUGUGUGCGGCUGGGAGCCGGUGAAGCCGGUGUCCGUGGACAAAGUGGGCGUGUUCUUCCGCUACGCGGCGCCGGACAGGAACAACUCGUCCAACACCGUCGGCAGCCCCAUCAGCAGAACCAACAUCAUCCACCCGCACGUCUACUUCUCGGCCCUGCCCCCGGUCAGGGUGGUGUUCUCCAUCACGAUGGAGGGCAGUGCCAGGAAGGUCAUCACGGUGCGCUCGGCCCUCAUGGUCAAGAACCGGCUGGACGUGCCGAUGGAGGUCCGGCUGGACAGCCCGUCUGCCCCCGACAAACCGGUGGUGCUGCCGCCCAUCCUUCCGGGCCAGGCCUUGGCGGUCCCGCUCCACCUGACGUCCUGGAGGCUGCAGGCUCGGCCCAAAGGCCUGGGCCUGUUCUUCUGCAAGGUUCCCAUCCACUGGACCAGCGUGGAGCGGCCCGGAGACAUCAGCAGCAGCAAGAGGGAGUGUCAGUCGGCCGACUUCGACGACAGCCUCAAGUGCAACUUCAGGUUCUGUGUGGUCAUCAAGAAGGAGAACUACCCGGACCAGCAGCCGGCCAAGGCGGUGUCGGGCAGCACCAAGCAGAUCUACCGGCAGCCGGGCCACACGGUGUACCUGCUGCCCACCGUGGUGCUGGCCAACCUGCUGCCCUGCGACCUCCACUACUACAUCAAGGGAACGUCCAUCAAAGGCGCCCUGAAGCCGGGGAAGGAGGCCGUGCUGCACGCCGCCGACACCUCGCAGAACAUGGAGCUCGGGGUUCUGCUGGAGAGCUUCCCUGUGUGCAAGGAGCUGCUGAUUCCACCCGGCACGCAGAACUACGUGGUGCGCAUGAGGCUGUACGACACCAACAAACACCUGCUGUGCCUCACCAUCCGCAUCGUCCUGAGAGCUCAGGGCGCCCUGAAGAUCCUGAUCUCGGCGCCCUACUGGCUCAUCAACAAGACGGGCCUGCCGCUCAUCUUCCGUCAGGACAACGGCAAAGCGGACGCCGCCGGCCAGUUCGAGGAGCACGAGUUGGCCCGGAGCCUCAGCCCGCUGCUGUUCUGCUACACGGACAAGGAGCAGCCCGCCAUGUGCACCAUGCGGAUCGGGAAAGGGAUCCACCCAGAAGGGGUUCCCGGCUGGUGCCAGGGCUUCUCCCUGGACGGGGGCAGUGGAGUCCGGGCCGUGAAGGUGAUCCAGCACGGGAACCGGCCCGGCCUCAUCUACAACAUAGGCAUCAGCGUGAGGAAAGGGAAAGGGCGCUACGUUGACACUCACAUCGUGACCUUCGCCCCGCGCUACCUGCUGGACAACCGCUCCUCACACCGGCUGGCCUUCGCUCAGAGGGAGUUUGCCAGAGGAAAGGGUACGGCUAACCCCGAGGGCUACAUUUCCACGCUGCCGGGCUCCAGCGUCGUCUUCCACUGGCCGCGCAACGACUACGACCAGCUGCUGUGUGUGCGCCGCAUGGACACACCCAACUGCACCUGGUCCGGGGGCUUCGAGGUCAACAAGCCCAAGUCCUUCCACGUCAACAUGAGGGACACCCUGGGGAGCUGCUUCUUCCUGCGGGCAGAGAUCACCCUGAAGGGGGCCACCUACCAGAUCUCCUUCUCCGACGCCGAGCAGCUGCCUUCGCCGCUCCGCGUGGACAACCUCUCUGAGGUGCCGAUCCAGUUCUGGCACCACGGCGUGGCCGACAUCCGGCUGCAGACGGAGGUGAAGGCCGGCUGCGUGCUGGACUACGCCUGCGACGAGCCCACGCUGCCCCCCUACCUCACGCUCACCGUGAAGGGCGCCGGCUCCUCGGAGGUCACGGCGGACAUGAACUUCUUCAGGGAAUACAACAAGCUCUACUACGAGAACUUCAUCUACAUCGCGGCCACGCACACCUUCUCCCCGAACGUGGAGACGAGACCGGCCGGGAAGAAGAGACCGGCGAGUCGAGCCGAGCUGGUUCUGGACGUGGACACCAAGACUCAGCGGGUCGUCCUGAAGAAGAAGGAGCCGGGGAAGCGGUCCCAGCUGUGGAGGAUGACCGGCACCGGCAUGCUGUGCCACGAGGGCUCGUCUCCCCCGCAGAGCAAGCCGGCUCAGCCCCGCCCCCUGGACUCGUCCCUGGUGCUGGACAUCGCCGGGCUGGCGGCCGUCAGCGACAACAGCUUCGAGCCGCUGAUGCUGAGGAGGCCGGACUCGCGGCGCAGCACCACCCAGACCUGGUACUUCUGCUCCGGCAUGCUGACCUGCGGGCUGCCCCGGCUGGUGGUGCAGGUGAAGGGCGGGGCGGCUGGCCUGUAUGACGGAGCGGAGGUGGUGCUGGGACCCGACUCGGGGCUGCAGGAGCCCGGCCCGGAGCAGCAGUUCAUCAACCAGAAGAUGAGACCUGGUUCUGGGGUUCUGUCGGUCCAGGUGCUGCCGGACGGACCCACGAGGGUCCUGCAGAUCAGUGACUUCAGCCAGAGGAGGAUGAUCCGCAGCUCGUCCUCCACGGAGCAGGAGAAGAGCAAAGAGGAGGUCCAGAAGAAGGAGCCGGAGCAGGAGCUGGAGCUGCUGGUGAGCCUGGAGGAGGGGGUGGGUGUGUCCCUGGUCAACAAAGCUCCCGAGGAGCUGGUGUUCACCACGCUGUCCGGCAUCGACGUCCACUUCACGCGCACAGCCGCCACCGAGGUCCUGGAGCUCAGCAUCCAGAACAUCCAGGUGGACAACCAGCUGCUGGGCUCCACCCAGCCGGUGAUGCUGUGCGUGACGCCCGGCUCCAGUGAGGGCGGGGCCAGCGACAGCGGGCCGGCCCUGCAGGUCAACUCAGUGAAGGUCCCCAGCAGCCUGAUGCUGACCGACCUGUUCAAGCACCUCAUGGUGACGGCGCGGCGCUUCACGGUGAUCCUCGAGGAGAAGCUGCUGCUCAAGCUGCUCAGCUUCUUCGGCUACGGGCAGACGGAAGCCGAGCUGGAGAAGCUGGACGAGAACAUCUACGAGAGGCCCGGCGAGGACGCCGGCGCCCCCAAACGGUUCUACUUUGAGAACCUGAAGAUCAGCCUCCCGCAGGUCAAGCUGAGCGUCUUCACCUCCCACAAGCUGCCCGCCGACCUCAAGGCCCUGAAGGGGACUCUGGGCUUCCCUCUGGUGCGCUUUGAGGACGCGGUCAUCAACAUGUACCCGUUCACCAGAGUGCACCCCUACGAGACGCAGGAGAUCCUCCUCAACGACAUCCUCAAGCACUUCAGGGAGGAGCUGAUCAGCCAGGCGGCUCAGAUUCUGGGCUCCGUGGACUUCCUGGGGAACCCCAUGGGCCUAGUGAACGACGUCACCGAGGGCGUGUCGGAGCUCAUCAAGUACGGCAACGUGGGCGGCCUCAUCCGCAACGUCACCCACGGGGUCUCCAACUCCGCCGCCAAGUUUGCAGGGACCCUGUCGGACGGCCUGGGGAAGACUAUGGACAACCGGCACCAGAGUGAGCGCGAGUACAUCCGGUACCACGGCGCCACCAGCGGAGAGCACCUGGUGGCGGGGAUCCAUGGCCUGGCCCACGGUAUCAUCGGCGGCAUGACGAGCAUCAUCACGUCCACGGUGGAGGGCGUGAAGACGGAGGGCGGAGUCAGCGGCUUCUUCUCCGGCCUGGGGAAAGGUCUGGUGGGCACCGUCACCAAGCCGGUGGCCGGGGCGCUGGACUUCGCCUCUGAGACGGCGCAGACGGUCCGGGACAUGGCUAGUCUCAGCAACCACCGGCUCGGCGUGCAGCGCGUCAGGAAGCCACGCUGCUGUAAGGGUCCUCAGGGUCUGCUGCCGCGCCACUCGUCCACGCAGGCCGACGGCCAGGAGCAGCUGUUCCGCCUCACCGACAACAUCCACUCCGAGUUCUUCAUUGCCGUGGAGCCCAUCGACAGCUACUGCGUGCUCAUCUCCUCCAAGGUGGUCUACUUCCUGAGGCCGGGGGACUACGUGGACCGCGAGGCCAUCUUCCUGGAGGUCAAGUACGACGACCUCUACCACUGCCUGGUCUCUAAGGAUCAUGGGAAGGUUUAUGUGCAGCUCACCAAGAAGGCUGAGGGCACCAGCAGCGGCGUGGCCAUGCCGGGCCCCUCCCACCAGAAACCCAUGGUCCACGUGAAGACCGAGAACCUGGCCAUCAAAAUCUCUCAGGAGAUCAACUACGCCAAGAGUCUGUACUACGAGCAGCAGCUGAUGCUGCCGGCCAGCGAGGACGAGGACGGCCUGCUGCUGGAGUCCUGACCCCGUGACCUCUAGGACCUGAGGCUGGAGUCCUGACCCCGUGACCUCUAGGACCUGAGGCUGGAGUCCUGACCCCGUGACCUCUAGGACCUGAGGCUGGAGUCCUGACCCCGUGACCUUUAGGACCUGAGGCUGGAGUCCUGACCCCGUGACCUCUAGGACCUGAGGCUGGAGUCCUGACCCUGUGACCUCUAGGACCUGAGGCUGGAGUCAUGAUACCGUGACCUCUAGGACCUGAGGCUGGAGUCCUGACCCCGUGACCUCUAGGACCUGAGGCUGGAGUCCUGACCCCGUGACCUCUAGGACCUGAGGCUGGAGUCCUGACCCCGUGACCUCUAGGACCUGAGGCUGGAGUCAUGAUACCGUGACCUCUAGGACCUGAGGCUGGAGUCCUGACCCUGUGACCUCUAGGACCUGAGGCUGGAGUCCUGACCCCGUGACCUCUAGGACCUGAGGCUGGAGUCCUGACCCCGUGACCUCUAGGACCUGAGGCUGGAGUCCUGACCCCGUGACCUCUAGGACCUGAGGCUGGAGUCAUGAUACCGUGACCUCUAGGACCUGAGGCUGGAGUCCUGACCCUGUGACCUCUAGGACCUGAGGCUGGAGUCAUGACACCAUGACCUCUAGGACCUGAGGCUGGAGUCCUGACCCUGUGACCUCUAGGACCUGAGGCUGGAGUCCUGACCCCGUGACCUCUAGGACCUGAGGCUGGAGUCCUGACCCCGUGACCUCUAGGACCUGAGGCUGGAGUCCUGACCCCUGAAGGACCCCAGUCCCUUUCGUGAUGUCCGUAGAGUUUUAACGUGUGUGGCAGUGAGGGGACGGUGACCUUUGCUCUUUAGUCCCGUGACGAAGCACCUUAUGCACCGACAUGAACCCAUGUGCAAGGCAGUGUCUGUGUCGAGUGCUGCUGUGUGUAGAUAGAGCUGCAUGUGUUCAUGAUGAAGAGCACUGCCUUCUCUCUGUUUUGUGUGGGGGGGAAUUGCACUGACACAGGAAGGGGAGGGGCCUUGUGGCUCCGCCCCUCGCCCUGAAGCCUUUUACAAUCACGCCUCCAGCGCCGCACUUUUAUUUGACGAAUCCUUUUUUAACGAGCUUCUUUCUCCCCGGAGUUCUCCUGACCGCUGCGUGACCUGGACCUGGUUGUGGGUUUGAUUUGGUGUCGGAAGAGGACCGGGUCUGGGGGUCUGGGGGUCUGGAGCUCUGGGGGUCUGGAGCUCUGGACCUCUGGGGGUCUGGAGCUCUGGGCCGAGGUGGUGGACGGUGGAUAUGUGAUCCUGUAAAAUGACCUUCAGGUGGACGCUGCUUCAAAUAAAGCAUCACGACUGCAA